CAGAAAGGUUAAGCAACUUCCUCCGGGCCACCCAGCUGUGAGGGAGGAACAGGUCCCAGCUCUCCUCCUUCCCCCUUGCUCUCCCCACCCUAACCGACAGAGGGGCCCCAGAAGGACACACUCCUGCCCUGUCUCAGCAGGGGCUGGGGGGGCCAUGUCCCUCAUCCCCUGGCUUCGGUGGAAUGAAGCCCCGAGGCUGUCCUCCCGGAGGCCGGCCGACACGGUGCUGGAGACGCUCAUGAUGGAGCUGGCGGGGCAGAUGCGAGAGGCCGAGAGGCAGCAGUGGGAGCGCGGCAAUGCAGUCAGCAAGAUCUGCACCGGGGUCGACUACAGCUGGCUGGCCAGCGCACCCCGGCCCACCUACGACCUGAGCCCUGGUGAGCGGCUGCAACUAGAAGACGUCUGUGCCAAGAUCCACCCAUCCUACUGUGGGCCCGCCAUCCUCAGGUUCCGGCAGCUGCUGGCCGAGCAGGAGCCCCAGGUGCAGGAGGUGUCCCAGCUCUUCCGCUCGGUGCUGCAGGAGGUCCUGGAGAGAAUGAAGCAGGAGGAGGAGGCCCACAAGCUGACGCGGCAGUGGAGCCUGCGGCCCCGCGGCAACCUGGCGCUGGCCACCUUUAAGACCCGCGCGCGCAUCUCCCCCUUCACCAGUGACAUCCGGACCAUCUCGGAGGACGUGGAGCGGGACAUGCCGCCGCCACUCCGGACCUGGAGCAUGCCCGAGUUCCGGGCGCCCAAAGAGGACUGACCCAUGCCUUCCCCUGCCCAGGAGCUGAGCCACCUGCGGGAGGGCAUGAUAGGCCGGUGACUGGUCCCGAGUCCUGGAACCUCCCCACCCGCCCUUGACAAGGGGCCCAAGAGGUGGCCCCAUCCCAAGACAUUCCUGUAAGAUGGAGCAACCCCUCCGGGCCCGCACUCCCCCAUCAGCUGCGAGGCUGAUUGAAUGAACUUUUUUUUAGGGUUAGGGCUUGGAGCAACAGCGAUCCCCUCCCUUUAAAUCUUGUUAUUAUAAAAAUUUUCAAACAGGAAAGUAUAGCAAAAAGUGUAAGAACCCUCUAUAUGCCAAUCACCAAGGCUUAGUAGUUAUUAACAUUUUGCCAUAUUUGCUUUAAUCUAUUUUUUGGUGAAGUCCUUUAAUAUAAAUCCCAGACAGCAUGACAUCUCAGCCCUGAACCCUUCAGUAUGCACUGCAAAGGAAGAAGGAAAGUUUCCUGUGUAACUCCAGUGCUGUACUAUCCCUCCCAAUGAAAUUAACAGUAAUUCCUUAAUACCAUCUAAUAUCUAGUCCAUAUUCAAAUUUCACUAGCUAUUCCCAACAAGUGAUUUUUGCAGUUUUAUUUCUUUGACUGAGGAUCUAAUCAAGCCCCACAAAUUGGCAUGAAAUUUGUAAUUUGUUUUAUACGUGGUCAUAUAGAGUUUAUUUAAUUUCACAAUGAAGAAUUGCUUAAAUAGAAGGUAUUUAUGGAACAUCAGUGUUAAUAUGCAAUAAGUUAACGACAGCACAUAAAUGAGGAUAAUUCUGCAAAUUAGCCUAAGGAUGCUCUUUAUUCAGCUCCUUGUUAUUUUCAUUUGAUUAAAAUUGUUCCACACCAACCAAGACUCUCUAAUACCUUGAAAAGUAAUGUUAAAAAUCAAUAGUGGCAAUAUAUCUCAUUUGACUUUUCAUCUGAUGAAAAUGCUCUCCCUGUCCGUGGGCUUUAUUUUCUGAGACAUGCUUGCAAAUAGCAACCUAAAACCUCCUCUUUCCUUGCCAUUUAGAAACAAAACACUAAAAUGUAUCAAAAUAACUUGGCGGGGGGAUCUCAAAAAUUCUAGUAGUAGGUAAUGAAAAUAGUUUGUUUAUUUUGGAUGCCAUUAUUCAACAUGUAGUGAAAUCUCAGUCUGUCUUAAUAUUCCUAUGGCUCCCCAGCAUAACACAAUAUGUUAUUUCAAAAUUUAUUCAUCGACAAAUCAUUUUUAGACAGUUAUUUUAAAUCAGUUUAACACCUCGCAUCAUUUGUUAAAUGGGGAAAUUGGCAUCUGUUUCUUUUUAUGAAUGUUAUUACAUAGAGUAUUAAAUUAGCAUCAUUAUAUUUAGCCAGGUGCUAAUCUAAAAAUAAAAACAUGGACUAAAAAUCAGGACUUUAUCGUACUCAAGGCAAAAAUAACAGAAUGAUUUUUUAAAGCUUCUAAAAAUUGCCCAGAGUUGUUAUAGUCUUGAGAAAGGCCUUCAUAAGCCAACAAGCGUGUUUUGGAGUGUUUUCUAGCACAUUUGAUUGUGCUGCAUUCCAGUUACAAUUACCUUGCUGGAACAAAUGCAACAUUCCUGAAGCCCUGCAGGCAAACUUGGAAGUUCUCCAGCCCCGUCUCCCCUCCCAGCUAGGAUUUGGUGUGCUGAGAAUUCCAUUCCCAGGAACAAGCUAUUCCCCUCUGCGUAGCUGAGUCCAGAGGUUCACAGCUUAGAUUCAACUUCUGGCCCCUACUCCGGGCUGCGGGCCUCUGCUAGGCUCUCCCUAAGUGUCCAGGCUCCAGAACACAGGGCAGAGGAGAUCUAGUUGAGGUUCUCCUGUCCUUAGAAAAGAAAUCAAGGUGCUAGGCAAAGAUACUGCUCUGAAGUGUAAAAGGGCCUGGAGAAAUACAUCUCUUAUCCACAUAGGCCAGGCCAACAAUAUUGCUAAGGACAGAAAUGGCUCUGUCUUCAAGAAAUUCCUUUAUUGGGAUGGCUGGGUGGCUCAGUUGGUUAAGCGUCUGCCUUCAGUGCAGGUCAUGAUCCCAGGGUCCUGGGACCG